AUGGGAGCGAACAAGCACGACUUCGCGGAGGAGGUUCGUGCGGCCUGGAAUUCCUUGCGCCCUCAAGAGCCCGAAGACCCCUUGAGUGCUUUGCUGCCAUCCUGUGACUUAUUCAAAAAUUUCAAUGCUGCAGCCCUCUGCAGACCCGCUGCUGCAGAUCGCCCUGUGGAUGUGGAACUCCGUAAGAUCCUGCAGCCGACCAUUGCUGGUAGGAGGCUGUAUCUGCAGUGUGUGCAAAACAUCGAAGUUCUGUCUUGGAAGGAAACUUUGGAUUGUCAGACACAGAAAGCUAUAAAGAGGUGGUAUAAUUUGGUCUUGCUUUGGAAGUCGGAGCUUCUGGUAGUGAAGCAAGUCUCCAGCGCCACUGUGGUGGAAGGCAUGGACAUCCUGGUUGAUUACUUGAGACCAAAGGCCCCUAGUACUUUGAACAAGAGGGCUUCAUCUCUUUUCUUGCUUGACAAGUUGCUCUCGGAGGAAGGGCUUCUUUUCCCUCCUGGCGAGCAACAUCUGUAUGACGCUUUGUGCAAGCUACGUGCCAAAGGUAAGGCCCAGUCCGGACGGAAGGGCAUCCUUGAAGCUUUGAACUUUUGCUACUUCGUCUUGAACAUUGAAGAGUGCGAGGAGCUGGUUUUUAGCAGGAGGUGCCAAGGAGUGUGUUAUGUCGAGCCGCGAGCACGGGUCAAUCAAGCUUCGCCUUUCUCCCUCGAGGAAGUUUUGGAGUUGCAUGAGAUAGUACACCAGGCUCCUGACGACUGGGAUGCAGCUUUUGCUGGAGCAGUGCUGACCGCCAUCUACUUGAGGUCUAGAUGGGCUGAUUUGCAGUGCUGCGAGGAUUUGCAAUUGGAUCGGGAUACUUUAGGUCGUUUGUGUUACAUCGAUCUGAUCACCGGCCAUCACAAAUCAAUGCAGUCGAGACAGCAUCGACACCAGUUCUUGACGAUGACCGGUGAGAUGUCAGCUUGGAUCAGGAAGCUCCUUCCGGGUGCGGCGGAGGCCAACAGAAAGCUGUCCAGUCCGCUUUUUGAGCUAAGCCGGAUGCUACAGUGGGUGAGGGAUGGACGCUUUCAUCCAGACAACACUCGUUCGGGAAGAUUUACCUCUUCAGAAGAGCUUGAGCAGGCUUGGUGGGACCAAGUGAGGGAUGUCUCCGCCCCGAGUGAGGGGCAGAAGCACGACCUGGAAAUCGUGCAACCUGGAGGUGUGCAGCCUGAGGCGGUUGACUUUCAGGGUUUCGGCGGAGAGGUGAACUUCGAAGAUGGUGACCCCGAGGAGCGGCUUUCUGUGUCGGGGGGCGUGGGCGAGUCCUUGGCAGGCUUGGGCGACGAUGAGCCCCGAGUUGCCGACGAUGACGACCCGGACUCUUCGGCAGAAGGGGCCUCCAGUUCAUCGGAGAGCGACGGAAGUGGGGCGGGUCGGCAGCUGCUGGCAACUGAGAAAAUCGGUUCUCCAGUGAGUGAGCUGUGCUGCUUCGUUUGA